AUGUCUGAAAAUGCCGAGCUGAAAGUUAUUCAUGAGCCGAGAAGUGUUUUGGUGACUGGAACAAAUCGAGGAAUUGGUCUCGGAUUUGUCAAAAAAUUGACAGAGUUCCCAAAUAUUCGACACAUUUUUGCAGCUUGUCGAGAUCCUGAAAAUGCGCAGGUUUGUUUGUAUUUUUAGGCUCAAAUUUGCGAAAACUCAUGAAAAGUUUGAAAUUUAAAAAUAAACUUUUUUGAAAAGAAAAAAAUUGAAAAAGAAUGAAAAUUUAAAAAAAAAAGUGGACUUUUUUUUGAAAAAAAAAAGAAUUUUCAAGCCAAAUUCAUUUCUAAAUAGUAAAACCACUGAAAUUUUCCAGGAGCUCAAAAAAAUCGCGGACCCUCGAAUCCAAAUCAUCCAACUUGAUGUAACUAACGAUGUCUCAAUUGAUUCAGCCGUCGACAAUAUCUCAAAAAUUGUAGGAUCUGAUGGAUUGACAAUGCUUGUGAAUAACGCCGGAAUUCUAAUACCCUAUGAAUUUACCAGCGAAGUUAGCCGUGAAAAAAUAAUCGAACAAUACAACCUGAAUUCCGCCUCGCCAUUGAUAAUGAUUCAAAAAUUCCUGCCACUUCUCGAAAAAUCGGCAAACCUUGAAAAUGGCGAUCAACUUUCAACAAGUCGCGCAGCAAUUGUCAAUAUUUCAUCAACUUCUGGAUCGAUUCAAAUGAUUGAUGGAAGUUUCAAUGGUCCCUUGGUUUUGUAUCGAAUGAGUAAAUCAGCGAUGAACUCAUUUGCCAAGUCAUUUUCUAUUGAAAUGCGGAAGACAAAUAUUCUUAUAGCUUCUUUUUGUCCAGGAUGGGUACAAACUGAUAUGGGAGGAGGAAAUGCCGAAUUAUCGGUAUUACUUUGAGAAUUUUUUCCUAAUAUAAUUCGUCAGUUCAAAAAAUUCAUAUAUUUCAGGUCGAAACUGCGUGCAACAUCUUGGUUCCCAACGCCUUACGACUCGAUGCUGGAAAUCACGGUCAAUUCAUUGACCGUCAUCUAAAAGUUAUUCCACAUUAA